CCUUGGGAAAGGGUCAGGAAAGGGCAACACAACGAUUCGGGGCUUGGACUGGGCCCGUGUGAGGAGCCAUUAAACAGGCUGGGACCUUGCGCUCAGGAAGGAGCCGCAGGCGGUGGAUGGGGGCUGUGAAAUCAUGACGGGUGCGGAGACAGAGCCUAAGGAAACGCGAUCGACGUGUUCCUGUAACGCAAGGGCGAGGGGUCACCAAACGACAUGAACAGGCAGCAGGUUUAAAACAAAGGGCGUUUUUCUUCACGCAGCGCACAGCCAACCUGGGGAACUCCUCGCCACAGGGUGCUGUGCAGGCCAGGACUGUACCAGGGUCGCAAAGAGCUAGAGAAAUCCAGGGAGGGUGGGUCCAUCGAUGGCUGGGCCGAGCCGGGAGGGUGUCCCUGGCCUGUUUGUCCGAGGCUGGGAAUGGGUGGCCGGGAGGGAUCGCUGGACGGUUUCCCCGGGGCACCUGGCGCUGGCCGCUGUGGGCAGGCAGGACACUGGGCUGCACAGGCCUUUGGGCCGUUCUGCUGGUCUCAUGCCCUGGCCUGUCAUCCUGUCUGCCCCCAGGAGGCGGCCCAGCUGCUGCAGAUCCUGCAGGCCCUGCACCCACCGCUGCACAUCGACGGCAAGACCAUCAACGUGGAGUUUGCCAAGGGCUCCAAGCGGGACAUGGGCUCCUCGGACAGCAACCGCAUCAGCGCAGCCUCCGUUGCCAGCACGGCUCUCCCAG